GGAGAAAUAUUCGCAGAAACUCUGUUUUCUGUCGUCUGCUUUGUUUGAGAUUGAGUGGGAGAGGUUAGUUUCAAACUUGUUUUAGUUUCAUCGCUCGUAUAUUUAUUUUCAAAACCAUAGUUCAUUCUUAAAUUAUUCUUAAAUAAUGGCGAGUGAUGGACACCAAGCACUUGCUAGUUCUAUAAAAAAUGUUCAUCAAACGUUACGCCUGGAAGCGAGAAAGGUUGGAGAGGAAAAGGCAUGGUUCGAUCAUUGUCAGAGAGGAGAGGUCUUGCAGACUUAUGCCCAAGCUAUGAAACAGCUUGCCACCGAACAUUGGGACAGAAAUGCUGACGAUGAUCAAAACAAAAAGGCUGUAAGUCGUAUCAGCUGGAUUGUGAAACAGUGCGAAGAUUAUUAUUAUUCUGAUGGUAUGAAUGAGUCAUUUUCUAAGGAGCUCGCAUUAUGUUUGCGAUUUAAGUUGGAUACAAAUGAAAUUCUUGACCAUAAACCUGAUAAACAUAUACUACGACCUAAGUUAAGAGUACUUGAUGUCGGUAGCUGUUAUAAUCCAUUUAAGAAGUUUCCAAGAUUUGAUGUAGUUGCUGUAGACAUUGCUCCAGCAUCAGAGGAUGUAUUACAUUGUGAUUUUCUUAACUUAGAGGUGACAGAUCAAAGGAGUGCAAAGUUGCACUCAAAUGAAAGAAUACACCAGCUUUGUGCUGCAUCUUUCAAUGUAGUCAUAUUUUCUCUCUUGUUAGAAUAUUUACCCUCCAGCAAACAGCGAUAUGUUUGUUGUAGCAAAGCAUCUCAAUUGUUAGCACCUGGAGGUAUAUUGUGCAUUGUCACCCCUGAUUCUAAGCAUGCAACUGCUAAUUCUGGCAUUAUGAAAAAAUGGAAAUAUGCCUUGGCUAAUGUAGGUUUAUUACGCAUUCAAUAUGAUAAGUUGCCCCAUCUUCACUGUAUGGUGUUCCGAAAGUGUGUUCAUUCCACUGUCUCCAAGCAGUGGCUCACAUCAUCUCUUGCAUCAGAGUCGAGAAAAGGAAAAUUCUUUGAUGCUCCAGAACAACUUAUGGCCAUUCCCCAAGAUUAUCAUCUAUAUCAAGAGCAUGAAAAAGAAUGUGUGAUUGAUGAUACUAGAGAUGAUGAUGAAACUGUUGCAUCAAUAUUUGCCGAUUUACCUGCAUUAUAAUGAGGCACUUUAUUAAGAGUAAUAUAUUUUAUGUAAUGUUGUGAUACAAGUAAUACACAGGAUUUUCCUGAACAACGGA